AUGGAAGGAAGCAUCAGCGGUCCGUCAGAGAAAAGGGUUGCCGUGGUGACCGGAGGGAACCGGGGGAUGGGGCUGGAGAUAUGCCGGCAGCUUGCGGGGCACGGGCUCGCCGUCGUCUUGACGGCGAGGGACGACAAGAGGGGCGCUGAGGCAGCCGAAACGCUCCGGGAGGAGGGGCUAUCGGACGUCGCGUUUCAUCAGCUGGAGAUCAGCGAGCCCGCCAGUGCCGCUCGUCUGGCUGCUUUCGUAAAGAAGAAGUUCGGCAAGCUUGACAUACUGGUCAACAAUGCCGGAGUGCUCGGGGUGACCACGGACGUCGGCGACCCGGCGACCCUUCAGGAAACGCUUGCAGGCAAGGAUGGGAUGGAGAGAGCCGAAUGGCUGAGGCAACGGACCACACAGACCACCCAGGAUGCAGAGGACUGCCUGAGGAUCAACUACCACGGCAACAAGACCGUCACGGAAGCCCUCCUCCCGCUCCUCCGAUCAUCCUCCGACGGCAGAAUCGUCAACGUAACCUCAGCCUGGGGGCUGCUCAGGUAUUUCAGCGGCGACGAGCUCCGGCGGGAGCUGGACGACGUCGCAAACCUCACGACGCAGCGGCUCGACGAGAUGUCGGACCUGUUCCUCGAGGACCUGGGCAAGGGCAAUGGCGCGCUGGAGCGCCGCGGGUGGCCGGCCGACCCGGUCUACGCGGCCUACAUGGCCUCCAAGGCGCUGGUGUGCGCCUACACCAGGGUGAUCGCCAGGGAGGAGGGCGCCGCGCUGCGGGUCAACUGCGUGCACCCCGGCUACGUCCUCACCGGGAUGAACGACUACACCGGCGUCCUCACGGCCGCGGAGGGCGCCGCCGCCGCGGUUGCAGUUGCACUGGCGGAGAAGGGGGGCGUCACCGGCGCCUACUUCGACCGCACUGAACUCGGAGCGUCCUUUGUGUGA